AUGCUGGCCGGCUGCUGGUGCCGCCCGGCCCAGCAGCUACUGCUGCUGAUGCUUCUGACCACAGCCGGCCUGCUGCUGAUCGGGCUGACAUCGCUCAGAGAGCCGGCGCUGGGCGUCCUCCCCCGCCCGGCUCUGCAGAGUACCGUACCGCGUACCGCGGCACCGCUCCCCGCCGGUCCGGUACCGCGCCCGGGCCGGCUCCGGCGCUGUCCCACACCCAGCAGGCUGCUCUCCAUCAACUCGGCCGGCCGGCUCGGCAACAUCAUGUCCGAGUACGCCACGCUGCUGGCGGCGGCCAGCGAGCUGCGCCGGCCCGCCUGGCUCCAUCCGGACAUGGCGCGCACCCUGGCCGUCUACUUCGGGCGGCUGUGGGUGCCGGUACUGCCCAUCAGCUGCCGCGUCAACUGGACCGUCAUAUCCACUGAGGAGCUGAUGGCCAAACGGCCCGACUCCGACACCAACCACAUGAUCGGCGGCUUCCCACACGCCGUGCCCCUGUUCCAUCCACUGCGCGCGCGGCUGCUGCGGGACUUCACCUUCCGGAAGGAGCUGCGUCAGCGCGCCGACCUGCGACUCGCCGAGCUGGCGUACCAGGCGGCCGUCACGGCGCCCACCUUUAUCGGCGUGCACGUGCGGCGCACAGACUACAGCACAUGGCUGGCGCGGAGCGUACGUGGCCGCGUGGCCGGCGUGAGCUACCUGCGCCGAGCCGUGGCGCUGAUGAAAAGUCGACACCGAAACGCGCUGUUCGUAGUCGUCUCAGACGACCCGGACUGGUGCAGGAAAAACCUCCGCGGACUUCAGCGCGUUGUGGUCGCCGGGGACGGGGUACAGACGCGGCCCGGGGCCGAUCUGGCGCUGCUGGCCGCCUGUAACCACACAGUAGUCACUCACGGCACGUUCGGCUUCUGGGCGGCCUACCUGGCGGGCGGGGAGGUGGUGGCGCCCACCGGGUACGGCCGGAGACCCACCGGCCUGGAGCAGGACGUGCGCCGCGCCCGGCUCGGCUGGACAUGGCUGCCGGCCAAAGGACAGUGA